AUGUCGUCCACCAAGGCCGCCAUUUUAAGCCCCAACGCCCCAGCCCCAAGCCCACUGAUGUCCCAGGGAAUCAUCAUCAACGGCACUAUCUACUGUUCAGGGAGUCUUGGAAUCGAUCCAAAGACAGGGAAGUUCGUUGACGGCGAUGCGUCCGACAGGACGGUCCAAGCCCUCCGCAACCUCGAAGAAGUCCUCAAGUCAGGCGGCAGCGAUCUCAGCAAGGUCGUCAAGGUGACCAUCUUCCUUUCCAGUAUGCAGCACUACGCGAAGGUGAAUGAGGGGUAUGGCAAGGUCUUUAAUGACGGGGUGAAGCCGUGUCGGACUUGCGUCGCUGUUGCUAGUUUGCCGCUUGAUGCGGAGGUGGAGAUUGAGCUUGUUGCCCACCUUUAA